AUGGUUUCCACUACUUUCAUAGCUGCGGCAGGCAUUGCAAUCAGCAGUAUAGCCCAGGCUCGACAUAUCCCAGAGCGCCCCAACAUUGUGCCCACGCCUAUUCAACCUUUUAAGCCGUUCCCAACCUCAGCUCCGCGAACGAAAUCAUGCUUCGUGAAGCCGAGCUGCACGCCCGGACGGGACGAUGCACCAAAGAUUCUCGCAGCCAUUGAGGAGUGCAACAAUGGCGGCACGGUCGUGCUGGAUAAAGAGUACACCAUCUGCAGCCCACUUGACCUGCGCUUCCUCAAGCAUAUUGACAUUGCCCUCACUGGCACAGUCAAGUUCUGCGAGGAUAUCGAGAAAUGGGUGCCAACCUUUUUCAACUUCCCAUUCCAAGACCAGGGGACCUGGUGGCUGUGGGGAGGAGAGGACAUCAACCUGUACGGAGCCGGCACGGGGACCAUUGAUGGCAAUGGACAGGUUUGGUAUGAUGAACAUGCUGCCUCUAAUGUCCAACGGCCUUUGCUUUUCGUCACCGACGGGUGGAUUGGGGGAUCUAUCACUGGUCUGAAGCUGCGGAAUUCUCCCCAGGUAAGAGACGCUACUCAGCUCAAGGCGUAUCGAUGUUAGGGAAGCUAAUCGUGAACAAAAGUGGCACAAUCUCAUCGCCAACAGCUCGGAUCUUCUCAUCUCUGACAUCGAUAUCUACUCCCGAUCCACGUCUGAACACGAGGCCAAGAAUCUCGACGGCUGGGACACCUACCGAUCUGACAACAUCGUUAUCCAAAACUCGUAUAUUGAGCACGACGAUGACUGCGUCUCUUUCAAGCCCAACAGCACCAACAUUGUCGUUCAAGGUCUCGUCUGUAACUCCUCGCACGGCAUAUCAGUGGGCUCCCUCGCUCAGUACCCGGGUGUUUUCGACGUCAUCGAGAACCUGUACAUCUACAACAACACACUCAGUAACGCCACAGACAGCGCGCGCAUCAAGAUCUGGGCCGGCGAGCAUGCCGUCACAAAGCCCGGGUGGAUUGGCGGAGGCGGCACGGGCCAUGUCCUCAAUGUGACUUAUGAUGGGUUCCACGUGAAGGGGAACGAUGCAGUCCUCAAGAUCGAUCAGUGCUAUGGAACUGUCAAUGCUUCGACGUGCGAGGAGAAUCCUUCCCAGAUGAUCAUCGAGGAUGUCGUUUUCAAGAAUUUCUGGGGUACCACGUCGAAGAAGGGAGACCCAGUUGUGGGCUCGCUCAUUUGCAGCGACGAUCAGGUCAGUAAUUUCAAGCAAAUAAGCUUCGCCAUUGUUUGUUUCAAGUCCACGGCUAA